AUGACCCGUGAUGAAGGCAAGAAUAAUGAAGAUACUACACCACCACUAUCACCCCUCCUUUCCGUCCCGGGGUCAGCGAAUUCAGAUCAGCCAAUUCGACUCCCGAAGAUCAAGAGUACUUCGAGCCUGUGCCCGGUCCAUCACGAAUCCCUCACAGUCCCCCAGAGAACACGGUUCUCCUUUGACGCGGGGACGACAUCAGAAUUGACCAAUUUAAAGAGGGCUUCACGCGUCGAUCACGACCAUGGCUUGGGCCGAUCAGGUCUCCGAAGAAUCAGGCGGCAGGGUGCCAUUCACCGCACGCCUACCCUGGUUCUGGAAGAGCCGGAUUUUGUGCCUGGUAACCUCCAGCACUCCAGCACUGCGCCGGUCUCUGGCUUGUCAUCCAGAUCAGUGUCGACGAGCCACCUGAUGAGUGGGCCUGCGUCGCCGCUGCUGGAAAAUGUCCACCGGUUUCCGUCCGAGUCACUGCAUUCCUUUUCGUUUGCUAAGCAAUCGGAAGAGUUGUUGCACAGCAGGCAGAGCAUUCUACAAAAGUCGGUUGAUUUUGUGCGGGAUCGUUCUGCCUGGGCUGCUAAUCCGGCGCUGGCAGAUGCACAGGCACGAGUUAGCGGCAACGCCGAGAUACAAGGAAUGAUGGAUCUCCUCAAGAAAGCGAACAUAAUCCCGAUCGAUACGGGAAACACUACUGCCAGGAGUAUUGGCACGGGACCACUGACAGGGCCUGCCCACCAUGACGGGCGUAAUGUCUUUGAGAAGAGCUUCAGCCAGGAACUAGAACAGGCGCAAGAGGCCGAAGCGAGAACGCAUACUGAAGAUAUGAAUACAGGACGAAAGUUUUCACUCGAAGAGGAUGACCCGUUCCAAGAACAAGGUCUGGAAAUGCGGAUACCGCCGACCCGGGCGGAUUCCAUGGACGGCCCACGCAAACCCGGUCUCAGGAGGACCUACACCGAUGUGAACUCCGUGUCCUUGCAACAAAAGCUGAUCGAAGCCCUAGCGCAACCGUAUUCCACAGACGAAACUUCUCUUGCACAUUCUGCUGUAGGUGGUGCUUUGCAGAACGUGGGCAACAACGCAGGCGUCCCGAAAGCAUCUGCUGUCCACGGCCACGGCACUAAAUGGGAGCCCGCGCACCAAGCUGUCUUCCGCACUGAGGCAGAUGCUCCCUGGACCAUCUUAGCAGCCAACGACUUGGCUUGUCUUAUUUUUGGCGUCACGCGAGCCGAAGUGAGGUCUUUGAGUAUACUCGCCCUCAUCCAAGAAGAACGUCGGCACUGGCUGGAAAAAAGACUUGCACGCUCGGACGAAGCCGUGGAGGAGAAACCUCGUUCACCGCCAUCGAGCGGUGCCGGUAGCGCUACGUCAACGACAAGCAGUAGCUUGUCAUUUAUUGGAUCAAGAAGCGGUAUUACAGCUAGACUGCUGAGCAAGGCUCCAAGUAGGGCUAACACAUCUUCAGAAAAAGCGAAGACGAGUUACGGCUCGUCUCUUCAGAAUCGGCCCAAAGCAAAGAACCACCCUUCAAACAAAUCCAGGGGUGUCCUCCUCUGCGGUGACAUUGUGCCUAUUCAAAAGCGAGACGGCACGAGAGGAGCAGCCAGCUUCUGGGUCAUGGAGAAGCGUGGUGGCCUAAUUUGGGUCAUCGAAGAGAUCACCGAAGAUGUCUCUUAUCUCGAACUCGAUGAGACUGGCACUGUGGAACGGGCCCACGGCGAUUACGCUGCCAUCUGGGGUCGAAACGAGCUUGUAGGGCUGCGGCUUUCGCAGCUGCUUCCAAAAUUUCCCUUGGAGGCUCUGAACACCUUUGACAAGCAUCACCUGGGAUACUUCACAGCGCAGACCGCGGAUUUUGUCAACGUCCCGACCACUGUGGAAAAAGCACCCACCAAGAACGAACUCCGAGUAUCCAGCCUUCCCCACAUCGCUGGAGUGAUGAUCCUGGACCCAAGUACUUUGAAGAUCACCAAUGCCAACAGCAUCUUCGCCGCGUCCCUCUUCGGGUAUAAGAAGCCUGAUGGAUUGCCGAUAUCAGACCUCAUCCCUAGCUUUGGAGACAUGCUCAAAAUAUUGUGUCGCGAAGAUGGGGUUGAGUUAGUCGACGGAAUAGUCGUGCCGGAACACAGCUUUCGCCGAGCGCGAGCUCUGUUGGCCCUGCGAGAAGGCAAAGAGAGUGCCUCCAACAUAUUUCUGAGACCAUGCGGGCUUCCAGCGAGACAUAGAGACGGCUCUGAUAUCAUGGUGGAUGUUCAAAUGAGAGUCAUUCGCAGCGAGACGGUGUAUCCAAUGUCGGACGAGGCCAUCAUUGAGGAGAAAGAUGAGGUUCAUUAUGAGUCAAGCGUCGCCGUGGCCGAACUUGUCUAUGCAGUUUGGGUUAUUUACUCACGGAACCUUCACUCGGCCGGCUUCAGCACGACUGCGGAGCCAGAACCUGAAGAGCCGUCACGUCCUCCUUCUCCUCCGUCCCAGCCAGAUCCGCCACCGGCACUGCCGUCUCCUCCAGCGUCCUUGGUAUCGAGAAGAUCCGCCGAAAGCUCGGAUCUUUCGCUGCAGACCGAUCUCGUCCCAGACGGGGCCUCGAUCGCCAUGGAGGAGCCGUUAGAGCACCCGCCUCCUCACACCCCAUACGUGCCCCAUGAGAAGAAAUCGAUCAGCGAUUUCACCGUCCUCGAAGAAAUGGGGUCCGGUGCGUACGGCCAGGUGAAGCUAGUUCGAUAUAAAAAAGCGCCGGCGCGCAAAAUGGUUGUCAAGUAUGUCACCAAGAAGCGUAUUCUCGUGGACACCUGGACGCGAGAUCGCCGACUGGGUACGGUGCCGUUGGAGAUCCAUGUUCUCGACUACCUUCGCCGAGAUGGACUCCGGCAUCCCAACAUUGUGGAGAUGAUCGACUUCUUCGAGGACGACGUGAACUACUACAUCGAGAUGCUUCCGCACGGAAUCCCAGGCAUGGACUUGUUCGAUUACAUCGAACUGCGGACGAACAUGACCGAAGCUGAAAGUCGCAACAUCUUCCGUCAAGUCGUGGAUGCGAUCCACCAUCUCCACACCAAGGCGCUCGUGGUUCAUCGAGAUAUCAAGGACGAAAACGUCGUCCUGGACGGGGAAGGUCAAAUCAAGCUGAUCGAUUUUGGCAGUGCUGCCUAUAUCAAGAAUGGGCCGUUUGAGGUGUUUGUAGGCACUAUAGACUAUGCGGCCCCCGAGGUCUUGCAAGGUAAACCGUACGGCGGCAAGGAACAAGACGUAUGGGCGUUGGGAAUUCUGCUGUACACGAUUGCGUACAAAGAAAACCCGUUUUAUAAUCUAGAUGAGAUUCUCGACCACCCGUUACGCGUUCCCUUUUUGCCGUAUUCGGAAGAAUGUCUAGAGCUUAUCCGCAAGAUGCUAGACCGAGACGUGGAGAGGCGGAUUACGAUCGAAGACGUGCGAAACCAUCCCUGGCUCCAAGAAGACUUUUGA